AUGUAUGGCAUGUUUAUUGCGAAUUUGCAUUGGGUGCUUUUAAUCCAGUUCCCAUGUGUUGUUAUAACUCAAACGCAGUGCGUAUAGUACGGUUCAUAAAUUGAGUAUUUUGGUAAAUGUGUGAUUAAUUUUUCUUUUCUUAUUCCGUAAGAUCAAUUUCGGUUAAUAAUAUUAUAAUCAUGGUAAAAGAGCAGUUCAGAGAGUCUCAUCUCUCGAAGAAAAUCUCCAAAAUUAGCUUUGGUUUGCAAAGUGCUAUUGAGAUACGUCAGCAAGCUCAUGUUUGCUGUGUGAGUAUGGCUUUAUAUGAAGGAAAUGCUCAUGAAGCAGUACCAUAUGGAGUGCUUGAUCCUAAAAUGGGUACAAGCCGUAAGAAUCAGAAAUGUGCUACUUGUGGUUAACAAGUAAGUGACUGCAUAGGCCAUUUUGGAUACAUUGAUUUAAAAUUACCCGUCUUCCAUGUUGGCUUUUUUAGGUCUACUAUCACAAUUCUGCAAACAAUAUGUAAGACUUGCAGUAGAGUUUUGUUGAAUUCAAAUGAAAGGAAAAAGUUCAGUGAAAUUUUGAAACGCCCCAAUAUUAGUUACCUUCAGAAGAAGACUUUAAGGAAACAAAUUGUUGAUCUUUGUAUGAAGAAAAGUGUAUGUCCUUAUUGCCAGGCAGUGAAUGGUCAAGUCAAGAAAGCUGGGUGUUUAAAAAUUGUUCAUGACAAAUACAAGAAAGAGAAGCGAAGUGAUCCUGUAUUGUUGGAAUAUUUGGAGGAAUUUGAUGAAGCUAUGAAAAAUAAUAAGGAGUUAGAACAUUGUAAAAAUAAACUGACUCAAAUAAAUUUGGAUCCUUUAAAGGUUUUGGAUCUUUUCAGAAGAAUUGUUGAUGAGGAUAUUCCUCUCCUUUUGAUGAAUCCACAUGUUGGACGACCAGAACAUUUAAUUCUGACAAAACUACCAGUUCCACCAUUGUGUAUUCGACCUUCUGUGAUAUCUGAAGUCAAAUCUGGAACAACUGAAGAUGAUAUGACUACAAAAUUAACUGCUUUAAUUCAGCUCAAUCAAGAAAUUCAGAUGCAUGGUACUAGUGCUCCUUUAAAACAUGUGAUGAAAGUCUGGGAUAACUUGCAAACUCAUGUUGCACUAUAUAUAAAUAGUGAUAUGUCUGGUGUAAAUAUGGAAAUGCAGUUAGUGAAGCCUUCUGGAAGGGGUAUUGUGCAAAGAUUAAAAGGAAAGCAUGGUCGUUUCCGGGGAAAUUUAUCUGGAAAACGUGUGGAAUUUACUGGUCGAACAGUUAUUUCACCAGAUCCAAAUUUACCAAUUGACCAAGUUGGAAUUCCUGAACAUGUAGCAAAAAUUUUGACAUAUCCUGAAAUGGUAACAAAGCAUAACAUGAAGCGAUUGAAAGCAUUAAUCUUGAAUGGUGGCUAUAAACAUCCAGGAGCAAAUUUUUAUAUUGAACGUAACACUAAAAUGAAAAGUGAUCUGAAUUAUGCAAACAGGCGGCGAAUUGCUGAUAAUUUGAAAUGUGGUGAUAUCGUAGAACGACACAUGCUCGAUGGUGAUGUUGUGUUAUUCAAUCGACAGCCAUCUCUGCAUAAGCUCAGCAUUAUGGCCCAUAAGGCAAAAAUUGUGCCCACUCGAACAUUUCGAUUUAAUGAAUGUGUUUGCACUCCAUACAAUGCCGAUUUUGAUGGGGAUGAAAUGAAUAUUCAUUUGCCACAAACAGAGGAAGCUAGAGCUGAAGCUUUAAUCUUAAUGGGGGUGCAAUCAAAUUUAGUUACUCCUCGAAAUGGAGAUCCAUUGGUCGCUGCAAUUCAAGAUUUUAUCACAGGAGCCUUUCUUUUGACUCAAAAAGAUACAUUUUUUACAAGAGAAGAAGCACAGCAGAUAAUUGCUAGUAUUCUUUCAAAUGAAGAUAGGCUGAUGAGAAUAGACUUACCGCCACCAGCACUUAUAAAGCCAUAUGUACUGUGGACUGGUAAACAAAUAUUCAGUUUGAUACUCAAGCCUAACAAAUCUAGCAAGGUGUUAAUCAACUUUAGAAAAGGGCCUAAAGGAAGAACGAAAUCACCAUACACUACAAAUGAAGAACUGUGUCCCAAUGAUACAUUUGUUAUUAUAAGAAACAGUGAACUUUUAGCCGGCACUAUGAGCAAGCAGACUCUUGGAUCAGGCUCAAAGACUACUAUAUUUUACAUAUUGUUGCGAGAUUAUGGUAAAAGUUAUGCUGCAAAUGCUAUGUUGAGACUUGCUCGACUGUCUUCAUACUUUCUUGCCAAUCGAGGAUUUUCUAUCGGAAUUGGAGAUGUUACACCUGGUGCUGGUUUGUUGAAAGAAAAAGAAAAAUUAUUGCAUGAUGGAUAUGCUAAAUGUGAAGAAUACAUCCAAAGUUUGCAGAAAGGAGAAUUAGAAACUUUACCUGGAUGUAAUGAAGAAGAGACUUUAGAGGGUAAAAUUAUGGCUGAAUUAUCUGCUAUUCGUGAACGGGCUGGUCAGAUAUGUCAUAAAGAACUGCAUAAGACAAACAGUCCUUUGAUCAUGGCCCAGUGUGGAUCUAAAGGAUCUAACAUCAAUAUCAGUCAAAUGGUUGCUUGUGUUGGACAACAAGCUAUAAGUGGUCACAGAGUUCCUGAUGGUUUUGACCAACGAUCUUUGCCACAUUUUAAAAGGAAUAGUAAAACUCCUGAAGCUAAGGGUUUUGUUCAGAAUAGUUUUUAUUCAGGGCUUACUCCAACUGAAUUCAUAUUUCAUACAAUGGCUGGAAGAGAAGGUCUUGUUGAUACUGCUGUGAAGACAGCUGAAACUGGUUAUAUGCAGAGACGAUUAAUUAAAUCACUGGAAGAUUUAUGUCUUCAUUAUGAUUCAAGUGUUCGAAAUUCUGUGGGUGAAGUUGUGCAGUUUGUGUAUGGUGGCGAUAGCUUGGAUCCUGCUUCUAUGGAAGGAACCAAUAAAUUUGAAACUCAGAAGAAAAAAGUAGAUGAAUAUUGUAUAAAAAAGGAUGAUGAUCCUCCAGAGGAACCUGUAAUUUUUGAACGUGCUCUCUAUCACAUUACAGCAAAGUAUCCAUGUCCAGAUGAAUUACCUUUGGACCCAGAAACUUUAAUGUUCUUAAGUGCUGAAAUUAUCAAUGAAAAUUUUAUGGAUGUUCAUGAAAAUUAUGUAUCACAACUUUGGAAAUUCUUUGCAGAUCAAAGUAACCGGUUACGAAGAGUCAGAGAGAAAUUUGGUACUUUUGCAAUGAGUGAUGUUCCACCUGUUUUGCGUCAUUUAGAGAGAGUCACAAAAACUCAGCUGAAAGAGUUCCUUAACUUCUGCAAAGAAAAGUAUAUGAAAGCAAUGAUUGAACCAGGUACUGCUGUGGGUGCUAUUUGUGCUCAAAGUAUUGGAGAGCCUGCAACGCAAAUGACUUUAAAGACAUUUCACUUUGCUGGUGUUGCCUCUAUGAAUAUUACUCAGGGUGUUCCAAGGAUAGGUGAGAUAAUAAAUGCCAGCAAAGUUAUAAGUACUCCUGUUAUUACAGCAUUAUUAGAUGUAAAUGAUGACCUGGAAUUUGCUAGACGUGUUAAAGGAAGAAUAGAAAAAACCCUUUUAGGAGAGGUGUCUGAUUACCUUGAAGAGGUUUUUCUUCCUGACAGUUGCUUCAUCCUUGUCAAGCUAAAUCUUGAAAGAAUUCGGUUAUUACAACUUGAAGUGAAUGCUGAGACUAUACUUUACUCCAUCUGUACUACGAACAUUACUGAAAUAAAAGGAAUCAAGCCACAAAAUAUAACCAUUCAUAAAAAGGAUGUUUUGUUGGUAAAACCUUUUGUCAGUUCCCGUGGCACUUGUUAUUACAUAUUACAGCAACUGAAGGAGAAACUCCCUUUGGUAGUCAUCAAGGGUAUUUCAACUGUGUCUCGUGCUUUAAUACAUGUGAAUAAUAAAAACCAAUAUGAAUUGCAAAUAGAAGGCAAUGGUUUAGGAGAAGUUAUGGCCACUAGAGGUGUCCGGGGGACUUCUACAACUUCAAAUCACACAAUGGAAGUAGAAAAGUACCUUGGCAUUGAGGCGGCAAAGUAAGUAUUAUGAAUUUCUGUGUUUAGCAAAGGGACAGCAUUGUUUUUUAAAAUGAAAGUUUCGUGUAUUCAUGUAUCAUCUUAAAAAAAGGAAAGUUUAGUGUAUUCAUGUAUCAUCUUAAAAAAAGGAAAGUUUACACUCUAUAUGUGGAGGCAUUUUCAACAAUUGAAUGCUUUUCUGUCACAUAACUCGGAAACCGAUAGGCAUAAAGCUACAAAAUAUGGCACAUGCUAUCCAGGAAUGCACCUCAAAGCUAUUUAUUUAUUUAUCCAUUUAAAAUUUUUCAGUUUUGGAGGUUCUUCCUCCUCUGUCAUCUUUUUACUUUAAGAAGAAUUUAAUUUCAAUAUCUGCACCGUUGGAUCGAACAGAAAAAUCAUUCAGAGUAAAAAUUUAUUCAAAUCUCUACUUUGUUUUUCAGUAUAAAAAAAAAAAAAAAAAAAAAAAA